UUGGCUCAGACAGCCCACCCACAAACUGUUUGGUAACCAUGGUCUUGAGAGUGAUAAUGUGAUGCAUAUUGCUCACAAAACAAGGAAUUACUCUAUCAGUCUGAAGAGGUCUAAUGUGAUUGGUCGGCUUGACACAACUUCCGGGAGUAAAAGGGCACAACAGCACAGCUGGUAUAAAGAAAGUCAUGUUUACAAGGUACUGGACUGAUACAAGGAAUGCUUUUAAGGAUGAAAUAAUCACUGGAUUUGCCAAAUGUUUGCCAGGCAAAGGGGGUGAUAUUUGCCAGCAGUCUUCCCCCGGACUGGGCAUCGGGGGUCCCCGUGCUGGAGCAGGCACUGAAACCACAUCACCCGUCACAUUACCACCACUCAGGAACAGCAACUCUCUCACGGCUGGAGGCAAUAAGUACACAAUGAAUGACCAUCUGCAUGUUGGGAAUCACCAGCAGAUCCACGUUCAACAACUGUUUGAGGAGAACAGCAACAAACGAACAGUGUUAACUUCGCAGCCCAAUGGCUUGACACCUGUAGGUAGAGCAGGUCUAGCCAUGCCGGAGAAGCAGCAAGAAAUCAGCCAGUGUCGACAAGGCAGCUCAACUUCUAUCAAAUCAACUGAAAGCAAACCUAAGCCAGCACCUUUGACUCCUGAGCAGGCCAUGAAACAGUACAUGUCUAAGCUUUCAGUAUUUGAACACCAAGAGAUCCUCAGCUACACUGAGAUCUAUUUUAUAGGUCCAAAUGCAAAGAAAAGACAAGGUGUAGUUGGGGGGUCAAACAACGGAGGUUAUGAUGAUGAUCAGGGCUCCUACAUUCAUGUGCCUCAUGACCAUAUAGCAUAUAGGUAUGAGGUACUAAAAGUUAUUGGUAAAGGCAGUUUUGGCCAAGUGGUAAAAGCCUAUGACCACAAGAACCAUCAGCAUGUGGCUCUGAAAAUGGUGCGUAACGAAAAGCGUUUCCAUCGCCAAGCAGCUGAGGAAAUUCGGAUUCUGGAACACUUACGCAAGCAGGAUAAGGACUCCACCAUGAAUGUCAUUCACAUGCUGGAGAACUUUACAUUCCGCAACCAUAUUUGCAUGACGUUUGAGUUGCUCAGCAUGAACCUCUAUGAGCUCAUCAAGAAAAACAAGUUUCAGGGGUUUAGUUUGCCACUAGUGCGCAAGUUUGCACACUCUAUAUUGCAGUGUUUGGAAUCCUUGCACAAGAACAGAAUCAUUCACUGCGAUCUCAAGCCUGAGAAUAUCCUUCUGAAGCAGCAGGGUCGAAGUGGGAUAAAAGUGAUUGACUUUGGCUCCAGCUGCUAUGAGCAUCAACGGGUCUACACUUACAUCCAAUCACGCUUUUACAGGGCCCCAGAGGUCAUUCUGGGUGCUAGAUAUGGGAUGCCAAUUGAUAUGUGGAGCUUAGGUUGUAUCUUAGCGGAAUUACUUACAGGGUACCCUCUGUUGCCUGGAGAAGAUGAAGGGGACCAACUAGCAUGUGUCAUAGAGAUGCUAGGUAUGCCCUCUGAGAAGUUACUGGAAUCAUCCAAGAGAGCCAAAAAUUUCAUCAGUUCAAAGGGACAUCCCCGUUACUGCACAGUCACAACCUUACCUGAUGCCUCUGUGGUCCUGAAUGGGGGAAGGUCACGUAGGGGCAAACUCAGAGGUCCACCAGGCAGCAGGGACUGGGUGACAGCACUAAAGGGCUGUGAUGACCCUCUCUUCUUGGACUUCCUCAAACAGUGUCUAGAGUGGGACCCGUCCCAGCGUAUGACCCCUAGUCAGGCCCUUCGCCACCCGUGGCUCAGAAGACGCUUGCCAAAACCUCCCACGGAGAAAACAACUGUAAAGCGGAUCACUGAGGGUACUGGUGCUAUAACUUCAAUCUCCAAAUUACCUCCCCCUUCUGGCUCAGCCACAAAAUUAAGGACUAACCUGGCACAAAUGACUGAUGCCAAUGGGAAUAUACAACAAAGGACAGUGUUGCCAAAAUUAGUCAGCUGAAUACUAAUUUAAUUUCUUUCUAAUAAUUGUAUUUGAAAUGCAAAGCUGAACAUUCAAAAGCAUGACUUUUUUUAGGAAUAGAAGUUCUUGAUGCAUAUCCACCAGUUACGAAUUGCUUCGUAGCACCUUUAGUUGGAUUUUUUUUGUAGGAAAGCUCAUACGGCCAAGAAAGGGGGAACAACACUUAAGUUUUUAUCUCAGGUCUGUGUCAAAUGCUGCUUUGACAUAGGAUUCAUACAAUCUGGUCUAUAACAAAGAGUCCAAUUGUUUCGAUACAGACAUUUCAAAAUUAAAUGGCCUUGCCACAAUGCCAUAAUUGUAGGUUACAAUAUUUUGUGUUCUUCAAAAAUUUUAAUCACCACCCUCAGAUCCUGUAAGAUAAAAUGGUGCAUUUAUGGAUGAGGAUUAAAAAUGUAUUUUACUGAAAGCAGUGCAACCUAAGGUCUGUUGCAUUUGCCAUUCUCAUUGUCGAUAUCAAGACUAGAGAAAUUCAUAAUGCACUCUAGGAGACUAUGAUAAGAGAAACAGGUCAUAAUGGAGAGUGGAUGUUGCCGACUGUUAUGAGGUAGAGAAACAAUGUUUACAUGAUAGACUUGGCAUGUGCCUAUAAAUCUCUUGACAUUCCUUCAAGAAAUUAAAUGAGGAAAAGAGAGAACGUAUCGUAAGUGGUCUACAUAAAAUAGACUGAUUGCAAGUUUACAGGAAUCUGUGGUUUGAGACUAUACUGCUCUUAGCAGUACUCGGCAGGUGUAUGUUCAUGUAAUUUAUAAGCUAUUCGCUGGAAGAGUGCUUUGAACAUGUACUGUCCUGGAAGGAAAAACUUUGGUGCUUUACCUAUUUUAUGUUUUUUAUAGCUUAACCUAACACACAGAUGGAACAAAACAGUGUUGUGUAAUCACAAUAAGUGAAGACUGGUUAUUUUGUACUUUUAAGGACUAGAAUGACUAUUGUCUCGUCUUUUAAAAUGAAUGUUUUUUUUGUUUGUUUUUUGCAGCGCUUGUGUCUAAGAGUAAGGAUAUUGAAUUUGCUUGAAUGCAAGCUUAGAUUAACAAGACAAUGGCAUAGCACUGUACUAUUAGAACUGAAUCUAUAACCACAGAAAAUACAAAUGACAACAUUUCAUAUUUUAAUAUUUUGUAAUUAUUGGGUGGACUUGCUAAUAUCAGGCCAGAGUUAAAACUCUUAAAGGUUGUUCCCUUUUUAAAUGAUAAUGUUACAAAUAAGUUAUUAAUAACACCUUCCCCAAAUCCAGAACAGUUGGAUUUGAACACAAAGAUUGGCCAUGUACGUAGCAUUUGUGGUAUGGAAAGAAUAAUUUGACUGACAGGGGUGUAAAAGCUAAAUAGGAUUAACUUAUUUAUUUAAUUUUGUUGUGUCAAUGAAGAGCUAAUAUAGAUGAAACUAGUGGCCUGAAUGAGGCUUGUAUAUCAGUGGAGUGAUUUACAAUGUAAUGCACAAAAAUAUAUCUGCCACUACUUUGACAUCCUACUUGAGCAGGAGGGAGUCCUGCUUGCUUUUAACCAGUCAUGGAUUGUGGGGAGUGGAAGGAGGUCAUUCUGUGAGCUGUCAGGGAGACCAGCAAAGCUGUAAUGCUCAUGUUGAUCCCUCACUACUUCCCCCACUGGAGACGGGCAGUGCCCACCAGGCCUACUGCACACUGCACAGGGGCUCAGGCCCCUUUGGACACCCAUAGUGCUUUACAGAUGCAGAAGUUACCUGCCAACAUCAGCAGGCAUUUCACAAUGUACUUCACACUUUCUUAUUGUUCAGUGAAUUGACAGCGGUGUGAAUUAAUUGUGCCCAUAGGUUUAAUACAAUGUGCCUUUGGUUAUCAAUGCCAUUCAUUUUAUUUCAAACAACAAUUCUCCCUUCCGUUUAUAAAAAAAAGCCUCAUGGUGAUUCUCUUGCACAUGUUUGAGCAUCGCCCAAAGAUACAUCCCAAACCUCAUUAAAUGAGACUUGGGAACAAGUGGUUGCACAGAGGUUGUACAUGCAGUACAUGUUUUUAUAUUAUGAUUUAAGAUGAAUAACUUUAGGGUCCCUUUCUAACAGGGAUGUCUUGGAAAAAGACUACAAUCACUAAAGUAACCUGUGUCUUCACCACUGCAUUCAUGUUGUCUUAACAACAAAAGUAUUCAAUGAGAGCUGGUUAAUUUUAUUACGAUAGAAAUAAGAACACAUUUUAAUAAUUUACCUCAGACUGUUGUGAUAUUCUUGUACUUUACAAACCCAGGGCAUUUGGUACAAACCAAAGUGCAUUCCUUUUUUGUGUUAGUGGCUAUGUGGGAAAAGAAGCCAGAUUUUUCUCUUUUUACCUGAUUAAGAGGCCAUCAAGCCACUCAAUAGCACAUGUUGAAAAUGAUAAUCUUUUGUGGAGUGUUAACGAAAGGGGAAGGAGACUUGAGCUCUAUCACUUCUAUCACAUUUCUGACAGAUGUAGCAUACCUCCAAACCUGUGUUACUUGACAUGGUUGGAUGUAUCUUUCAAGCAGCAAAAACUGCAACCCCAAGAUAUCUACAGUGAGCCAGUUGUUAUCCCAGUGUGCAAUACAGUGGUAGCAUUGUGGAAAAUCAAAUUACAUGGCUGAAAGUUACAUUUUAAAAGGAUGUGCUUUUUACAGUUUUUAAACGUAUGCCCUAACUCUUGAAUCUAGCUACCCACUGUCAACUAAACCAUUUUUUUAAUGAUUCUUUAACAGAGGAACAAAGUUUGUUUGACUUUGUUUAUAUUCAGCCACAGAAACUUACUGUACAUAUGUGAAUUUGUGGAUGUGUACAUAUGUAUGAUGUUUUAAUUUUGUGAAAUGCUGCUGACAACACUACAUAUAUUGCUGUAGUGGGGGUUUAAUGGCGGCCAGUUAAAUAAUACUGUAUGUAUUGUACAGCUGAUGAAAGAGUUUUUUUCUAGUGAUCAUUUGUUAAAUUUUAUUGUUGUGGCUGGAAUAUAUUAUUAAUAAAAGUUUUAAUGUUCAUCUUUA